AUGCCUUCUCUUCUCUUGGUGGUCUUCAUCUUGCAGCUCGUUCUGCAUUUGAUCAACACUGUAGGCGCAAGCAGCGUAGACGAGCUGCUAUGGGUUCUGUACAACAAGCUGCCCACACCGACAUCUAAAAAUGCGCAAAGAUGCCAGGCGCUCAAGAAGGAAAUCGUACAGCUGAAGCGUGAGCUUGGAAACACAUCGGCGCAAGACAACUUUGGAAAGUGGGCGAAGCUCGAUCGCCAGCACAACAAGGCUAUGACCGAGUACCAGAAGCUGGAUGGCUCCCUCCGCACCCACCAAACAGCGUUCAACUCCGCCGUCAAGGCCGUGCGAUUCCUCGGCACGCAAGGCCUUCGUUUCGUCCUACAGUUCUGGUUCUCCAAGUCGCCCAUGUUCUGGCUACCAGCAGGCUGGGUGCCAUACUACGUGGAAUGGAUUCUGAGCUUUCCACGCGCACCACUGGGCAGCAUCAGCAUCCAGGUGUGGACUGCUGCCUGCGCAGCCAUCAUUGCGUUGGCAUCUGAGGGGCUUGCAGCUGUCUGGGUGCUUGCGACAAAGAAGCCUGUGCCAACGGCGAAGAAGGAGCCUAUGGCUUUCGAGGCAGGAGCCGACGAGAAGAAAGAGCUAUAG